GCGCUUUUUUUUUUCUGUCGAAGAUUUUGAUAGAAGCGAGGGGUGAAAUGGCAGGUGCGGUUCCUUUCUUCAACUUGGCUCCCGAUUUGAAGGUCUCAAGGCUCUGCUUAGACACCGUGGAAAUCGUCUCCGAAUUCUGGUUGUUACAGGAACCAUGACAUUCGGAGAGCAGAAUUCGUUGCAGCAGUCCUUCCAACUUCUCGAUGAAGCGUUUGACAACGGAAUUAACUUCAUUGAUUCCGCAGAAAUGUAUCCUGUGCCUCAGCGUGCGGAGACCCAAGGGAGAAGUGAGGGAUACGUUGGGCGUUGGAUUAGAGAGAGGAGAAUUUCUCGGGAUCGUGUCGUCUUGGCCACAAAGGUUGCUGGACCGUCUGGGCAGAUGACUUGGAUUCGAGGUGGACCAAAGUGUUUGGAUGCUAGCAACAUUACUGAGGCCAUUGACAAUAGUUUACUGCACAUGCGAACUGAUUACAUUGAUCUUUAUCAGAUCCAUUGGCCUGACCGCUAUGUUCCCAUGUUUGGAGAAACUGAUUAUGAUCCAACUCGGCAGCUCUGCUCAGUGCCUAUAGAAGAACAACUUCAAGCUUUAGGCAGAGCAGUUGAAGCUGGCAAGAUCAGAUAUAUUGGACUCAGUAAUGAAACACCAUAUGGUUUGAUGAAGUUCCUUCAACUUGCCAAAGAUAUUACUGGCCACCCUAAGAUAGUAUCUUUGCAGAAUUCAUACAACUUGCUUUGCCGAAGUUUUGAUUCUGGACUGGCUGAGUGUUGUCAUCAUGAGAGGAUCAGCUUAUUGGCUUACAGUCCAUUGGCAAUGGGCAUCCUUUCUGGGAAGUAUUUAUCUCCUAGUGGAGGUCCAACUGAUGCUCGGAUGAAUCUUUUUAGAGGGAAGUAUUCAGAAGGGGAAUCCAGAUAUAACCUGUCUAAUUCUGUCAUAAAAGCAGCUACUAAGGCAUACCUAGAAAUUGCAGAAACAUAUGGCCUUCCUCCUGUAUCUCUUGCAAUUGCCUUUGUACUGAGACACCCUCUUGUUGCCAGUGCUGUUUUUGGCGCAACCAAGCCAUGGCAGCUGAGAGAGGUCCUACAUGCUUGCCAGGUGGAGCUGCCUCCAGAAAUAGUUAAAGCAAUCGACAAGGUUCAUGCCAGGUAUCCCAAUCCCUGCCCCUGAUGGAAGGAAACCCAACAACUCUUUGGGCUCAGUUUGGGAAUAGUGCAAAUACAGAUGUUGUCAUGUUGUAUAGUUGUAUUUGCACUCUACCCAAAUGAGGUCCUAACUUCUCUCCUCAAAAUGGGCUAGUCCUUCUGUUUCAUUCACCUGUGUACAUCAGGAAUCCCAUUUGGGCCAAACCCAAUUGGUGAAUUAAAGGGAGGAGAGGAUCCGUAGCAUUACCGUGUCCACCAUGGGUAGCAGUCGCUACUCACUACUCGUUAGUCAGGCAACCAAAUCAAUGCCAAAAACGACUACUUCUUACAAAUGGGGACCGCCUAUACGCAACCCAUUACCCAUCUUAAUUUUUCAUUGGGAGUGAGUGGUUGGGCUGUACGAUGCUAUUGUAAACAGAAACGGUACAGUACAGGGGCAGGAAGCUCACAUUACUUGACAUUUAUCAAACAAACAAGAUUGAUUGGCACUUGGCGUAAUUGGGUCUGUGUUGGAAAGUUUUUGCGCAAUUGGGUUUGGGUGGACUUUAGGUUGGGAUGCAGAUGGAGAUGCAGUGCACCCAGUUUUAAAUGUUGCUUCAUUUUCAUGUUUUUCCAAAUUUAAUUCAUGAUGGCUGGGUCCAGUUGUCAUACUAUAUUCUUUA